AAGUAGAGCAGCGAUGAGCUUCGGCUUUAGCGAAGCUGACGCCAGAUUGCUUACGUUUAAUCCCUUUUUAAAGGCAGCAUCAUUUUGAUCUCCUCUUUCAGCGAGCAGCAGAUUUCUGGUCCUCCUCGCUGCCGCUGCCGCUGCCGCUGCUGCAUGGAGAGAUCCGCUGGGUCUUAGAGUCUGCCGAAUAUACACCGUCACACACACGAGCUAGCCACAGCACCCACUUCGAGGCUUGUAUUGUCCGUCAAAUGCUUCAUUUAUGAUGUGUGUGUGAGCCGGCUGCUAACCUAGCUGUUAUUGCUGAAAAAGACAUGGACCGAUUCAACUCAGUAAUUCCUCAACAAGACUAAACAGUUAGCAAAGAGAUGUGACGUUCGAAAACGAGUCGUCUUUUGAAAGCUCUAUUAAUGGACGCUACAUACAAUAUUUCAGAAUAAUUCCCACAGAUUGGUUGGAUGUGUAAAUUUGGGAAAUUGUUCCGAUACAAAUGUUAUCUUAUAACUGCUACCAGUAAUUGUUGACUUGAUAAAAACGAUGUAUCACCGGUUUAUGUAUAAAAAUAAAUAAAUAAAUAUAACAACGAGACCUGCGAUUGGCUGAAGACCAGUCCAGGGUGUACCCCGCCUCUCGCCCGAAGUCAACUGGGAUAGGCUCCAGCAUACCCCCGCCACCCUAAUGAGGAUAAGCGGCAUAGAAAAUAGAUGGAUGGAUAACAAUGAGACAGUCUUUUGAACGACUCUUUGGAGGAGCGGCUCAGCAAGAGCCGGCUCCCUUCAAAGAGCCAUAAAUCAAAUUUCUGGCUCGGAUGUGACGCCUGUCGAUACGAAAACGACAAUACUUAGUUGACAAACUGUUGGCAAUUUUGUGAUAAUAGAAAUGUACAACGCCCCAGCACGAGCGCAAGAUAGUGGUAUAAUACAAGAGGACUACAUUUAAAAAUAAUGAAGUUUAAUUUUAGACUCUACGGAAAAACAGACGGCCAAACUUAGCGAGAACUGACAAAACAAUCGGUCGUCUUCACUAACACCGUAAUAAAGUCACUGACGAUACAGUAGAAACCCGCCCACACGUCAGUCGUUUUAUUGUAUUUUAAUGCUGUUUAAAUGAGUAAACUAUAUAGUGGUGUUUUUUUUACAAGAGUCUGAAGUAGAUGAGCUGUAAAAUGGCGCCAUCUGCAGGUGGGAAGGCACUUCUUGGUCACGUGAUCAGUGAUGUCACCCUUAGUCAAACUACACUAUUGUCUGUAGAAAACAGUCGGCAUUCAAGUAUUGGGCGAUGCCUUGAAACAACAAUUCAAUUCACAGCUGUGAUAUACGCAUAACAUUUCAAUCUAUAAGAAGUGCUUGGUAGGAAAAAUGCACAGUUUGACGAUCACGAAGCCCACCCCUUUGGAUGGAGUGCACUCACAGCGACGAACGCGCUACGAAGUCGAACUUUAAUCGUUGAAUCAACAUUAACAGUCAAAAUGAGAUGUAAUUUGGCAGUAUGGUGAAAGUCAAGACGGUUAAAGCGAUGUUAUAGAUUAACAGUGACAGCCUGACUGUUGCUCGCACGUCGAAACUUAUACUUCCGUGGCUGGUGGUCUUAAAGGGCCAGUACACCCUUGUUUCUCUUCAGCUCGAACAAAUUUUUCGCCUUUUACAACACAUUUCGUGGAGAGGAUACUUAUGGGUAUUCUCAAUUUUUUUUGUUAGCCCUAAUUUCAGGGCCGUCUUAUUUAUACAUUUGAAAAUCGCCUUUUAAUGGCAGCGCAGUGUGUCGAAAUGUCGACACACACAGGCCGCCGUACUUUGGUAUUCCAAACUCGGCAAAGUCGAAGUUUGCCGAAGAUGUCCGAGUGGUGGUGUCUACAGGCACAGUUCAGCAAGCUGAAAUAGCGUUUAUUCAGUGUCUCACAAUGACGUGAACUAGAGCAAAGAUUUCUUUUGUUUUUCUUUUUUCAUUAGAAAAUAUUUAUAUUUAUUAUUCUAAUAUUGUUUUGACCUGAUCAGCACCAGACAGAAGUGCACCGCCUACAGAUGCCCGCCUGCGGCGGGAGUGUCCAAAAUAACUCUGAGCAAGUCUUUUUUACUGUGCACUUGGAGCUGUCAAUCACGGGCCAAAACAAGAUGGCAGACUGCAUGAGCUGGUUGUUCAUUUUAACAGUUGUUGGCGCGGGCCUGAGUGCGGCGCACGCAGAGAUCAAAUUCACCAUCCCGUCAGGGCAGUUCUUCGCCUACGAGCUGAUGAGGGAGACGUUCCAGAGCGACUUUGAGCCCUUGUCGAAACUCUACGCCGAGCGCCUGUACGACGACCCCAUGCUGUUCAAGUGUAACAAGCAGAGCUUCCCCGACCUCCCCGAGUGGCUCCGUUUCACCCAGAGGCACCCUUACGAUAACGGCUUCCUGUACGGAACGCCAACGUCUCCCGGGAAGAGUUUCAUUGAGAUUUAUGCCAUCAACAAGCGAACCUACGAAACCGCCAGACAGAUUCUCGUCAUCAACGUGAUUGCAGCCAAGAGUCCCCCCUACCAAGCAGAGUUCUUCAUCAAGCUGAGGGAGAUUGAGAAGGUGCUGCCCACUGCUGUUCAGGACGAGAUAAAGCACGACCUGCAGAAGCUGUGGGACACAGAGGCCUUAGACAUCGUCAACGUCUCCAACGCGCUGGACCGCGGGGGCCGCGUGCCCCUCCCCCUGGCGGGACACUUUGAAGGCGUGUACGUGAAGGUGGGCUCCCAGCAGAACUUCUCCAGAUGUCUCCUGAGGGUGCGGACGGCGGAGCAUCGGGAGAAGUGUGCCGAGGCUUCGGGCGCCAAGGUCAAAGUCCCCGGGGGGUGCAACUUCUGCAGGAUCCCCAGCAACUGUAUCAGCUGGUGCCACACAGAACUGUUUGACUUGAGCCAGCCGGAACCGACGCCGCCUGCUCCCACCGUGGGCUCCGGCGUCCUUGAAGCCGGAGGGGAGUUCAACCCCCCCGUGUCGCCCGAGAGCAGAGACUUGUUCCCGGACUACCUGGUGACGGUCAUCGUGCCGCUGAUGGUGGCGCUGGUCCUCAGUCUGCUGUUGGCCUACAUCAUGUUUGGACGCAGAGAGGGCGUCGGAAAGAGGAACGCACGAACAAACCAGAUCCAGCUGUACCACCACCACACCAUCCAGGACAACACGGAUGAGCUCAGGAGCAUGGCCGGCCACCGCGCCGUCCCUCCGCCCCUCUCCACGCUGCCCAUGUUUGACAGCCGCACGGGGGCCAGGGCCACACCGCAGCCGCCCUCCGACAGCCCCCGCGUCCCCCUCAUCAUGGCCCAGCAGGACCCCUACAGUGACCCUCUCCCCCGGUGAGGAGGGGACACAUUUACACGCCACGCUUCAUCAAGGUCAUCAACCUUUUGCUCCUGUAAAGAAGUGAUGGAGACGCGUUUUAUCACAACUUUGCUUUUGUGAGUGAGUUUUGUGUGGAGUUGUAAUAAUAAAAUAUAAUUAUAAUAAACAUCAUUAUGAAAAUUAGACGACUAUUUACACCAUAAAGCAGUUUACAGCGCUAUAUUUUUAAAUUUUAGCCAAAUGAUAAAUGAUACUGCAAUAAGCCGUUUUGUUUACUUCUUGUUUACGCGCAUGAGCGAUGUGCGAGUCGUGAACGGGUCGUUCACAACCGUUCCUGAAUCGGUACUCACGGGUACUUAUCUCCGUUAACUCGUUCACUUACUCACCCCUGCUACCGCUGCAUUUAAAGAAAUGAGGGGUGUUGCAUAUUUGAUCUGUGACGCUGGUGAAUCGAGUACCUGAUUAUCUUCAGUGAGUCACUGAAGAACUCAAGUGAGUAAAAGCAAUCGACUUUUCCGUCACGAACACACAUUACACAUUUCUCCAACGACAGCAUUUAGUAUGGGAAAGUAGUAGUAUGUCUCCAUGAACACCACGGAGGGCUUUGGCUAAAACGUGUCGUUUUUAGUAUCUAAAAAAAACCACUCUCUGUUACCAAAACCACCUAUACAUGAAACACCCGUGCUUAAAAAAUACUCAAUUUCUACCUUUAAAAACACAAAAAACCCGAUUAAAUGUAACAACUUACUUCUCUCGUGCUCGUCGUUAUGGCAGCCAUUUUGGUUUGAUUGGACAAACCAACAACAAAUCACAUCACUGGAAAGCAGGAGGAUAUCGUGAGUGUAAUGAAAUAUACAGUACAUUUAAGACACAAAAUGGUAAGAUAUACUGUAAAUACAAAAUAUCCAAUAUUGUGACAGAAAGGUUGUUUUUCCCACCAAAAACCAUCCAUAAAUCUAUUCAUUUUAUGAGUAAAACUCCAAAUUGCCCUGAAUGCCUUUUUGCAACAGCUAGAGGUCGCCAAAGUAACAGUACUUGUAUUGUUUUUAUCCAUCCAUGCAUUUUCUAUACCGCUUCUCCUCAUUAGGGUCGCGGGGUCAUGCUGGAGCCUAUCCCAGCCGACUAUUGUUUUGUUUUGUGACUAAUGUUUUUAUUUGUGAUUUUGGAGAUGAAAGUUUAACAAUACAGUGCUGUGUGUUUUUAUCUCAGCAGGUGCAUUUUUUGCCUUAAAUGGGCAUUUAAUUCCAGUGAAGGAAUCCAAACAUUUGGCUUUGUUUUCACUGCUGCUUAUGGGAAACACAAGUGCAACUGUUGUGGGUACUUGUCAUGUACUACACGUGACGUUA